AUGAAUAGUACAGUACUUCGUCACGGUGACACUGCCUGGUUAAUGACAUCAACGGCGUUAGUCUAUAUGAUGACACCAGCAUUAGCUUGCUUUUACGGUGGUCUAGUUGAAAACAAAAAUUUUCUUAAUCAACUAUUUCUUUCUGUUGUUUGUAUGGCGAUUGUGCCAGUACAAUGGUGUCUUUUCGGUUACUCAUUCGUAUUUGGUCCAGGAAAUUCUGCUUUCGGUUCAUUUGAAUAUGCUGUACAACUUAGAGCCGGUCUUGUUGCCAUAUAUGGCGAAGAUGUCGACGAUAUUAAUGCAUAUACUGUACCAUCAUUAACAUACGCUGCUUAUCAAUCCUCAUUUGCUAUUAUCACCCCGGCAUUAAUCAGUGGUGCCGUCGUUGGAAGGAUGAAACUGAUUCCAUAUAUGCUUUUCAUUUUUUUAUGGUCUACGUUUUGUUAUGAUCCUAUAGCAAGAUGGGUAUUUUGCAGUCGAGGAUGGUUAUAUCAACUUGGUGUUCUUGAUUUUGCCGGUGGAUUAGUUGUGCAUAUAGCAAGUGGAAUAUCCGGAUUAGUGGCCGCUCUUAUCAUCGGUUCACGUGUCCAGUUCGAUCCCGAUGUAUUAGCAACCGGUCAAACCAAUCUUCCUUAUACAAUUUUAGGCACUGGGCUACUUUGGGUAGGCUGGAUGGGUUUCAAUGGAGGUUCGGCAUUAUCUGCUGACGGCAUUGCUGCAUUAGCUAUUGUUAAUACAAAUGUAGCUGCUGCAUCAAGCAUGUUGAUAUGGAUGAUACUUGAUAUAGUGAAAGGCAAGAUACAACGGCAAAGUGCUGGUUUUAUCUCUAUUCCAGGUGUUUGCUCGGCGACAGUGGUCGGAUUAGUUGUCAUUACCCCGGCUGCAGGUUACGUUCAACCUGGCUAUGCUCUAUUAAUGGGUUUAGUCGGUGGACUAAUUGUAUAUAUAUUUCUAACCAGUAAAAAGCUCUUUUUCCGCGUCGACGACACUCUCGACGUCUUCAGCUGCCAUGGUUUAGGUGGUUUCAUCGGAACAAUUCUAACCGGUGCGUUGUGUCAAAAAGACGUGAACAGUAAUGGAAAGAAUGGAGCACUCUACGGCAAUCCCAUUCAACUUUGGUAUCAAUUCAUUGGAGUUGCCGUUAUAUGCGCUUACGCAGCAGUGUGCACAGCUAUUUUGCUUUUAUCAAUGCACUUUACAAUUGGUAUUCGCAUCGAUCGAAUAGACCAAGUUCGCGGUUUGGACAAUGUCGCACAUGGAGUGCUCGAACACGAACUACCAGUAAGACCACCAUCGAUAAAGAAAAUGAAACAAAUGAACACGAAUGCAGCUACUAUAGUUCCUGUUGACCAAUGA